AACUCAAACCUUGCAUGCCUAGCCUGGCUGUACUGCAAACCUUGAUUUCUUUCGAUUGUCUUGUUCCCUCGCUGAGAGAGAGAGAGGUUGAGAAAGCUUGCUUUGCUUGAGCUGGGUUGGGCAGGCUUUUUACAGUCAUAAUGUCGUCCGAUAAUGCUGAGAAGGCCAGUAGAAGUCCUGUAGUGGAGAAAGUCAGCUCUCCCUUGGCCACGGUGACCAACGGCAUUUCCACAGCUGUCGGAAGUUCUCCCACCCAGCAGCAAGCCUUCCGUACACCACAAAGGCCGCCGAGCGGACCGAGGAGGUCGACUACUUCGACUCCCAAGUCGGACGGCAAGAAAGAAGCCGUCAGGCGUGGCACACCAAAGUCUGACGGCAAGAAGGAAGGCCGCUCUCCGCAUUCGCGGCCCAAGUGCGGAGACUCGAAAUGCCGCUCUGCUUCCGUAUCGUCGCCAACUCCGGUAUGCAAGCACCACAGUACAGCCCAGGUGAAGGCUGUACCUGUGAACAACGGCAAGGCCACCAGAAUGGUGUGCGACGCAAAGGAAAUUCAGGAGAGUGACGCCGCUGAAAAGAAACGCAAGGGAGGCUCGGCGAAGAGCGAGGCAGCAAAGUCCCCCGUGGCAGGUGCUUCGAAAAAGGCCACGAAACCCCAGCAGGCAACAAAAAGCAAGAAGGCUGCCAAAGUGCCGGAGCUGGACGUAGAUACGAAGAGUUUGUCGCAGAUAAAUGCCGACGUCAACAAUUUGUUUAUGGAGCAGCUGAGAGCCCUGCUAUCAAAUCUGCAACUGGAUGAGAGGGGAAUCAAGGAGGUGCUGCGGAAGCGCAUCAAGAAUCAUUACCGCAAGAACGCGAUCGCCAUGGGAACACUGGAGCGAGUUUCAGAAACCUUCCUCGACUAUUUCUGCGUAAUGGACGUUGAGGCAACUUGUCACAAGGAGCAGCCUGAUGGCUUUGUGCCCGAGCCUAUCGAACUAGCCGUUGUUAUCGUCAAUAGCUUAACAAGGAAAGUGGAGGGCAGGUUUCACAGCUACUGCAGGCCGACGCUUGAGCCCAAGUUAUCCGAGUUUUGCACCGAGUUGACUGGCAUCACACAGGUUAAUGUUGACAAGGCAGACACGUUUGAUGCGGUUCUCCGCCGGCUGAUUGUGUGGGUCGGAGAGAAGCUGAACGGCAAAACCUUUGCGUUUGUCACCGAUGGGGAUGCCGACAUUCGUAACUUCCUUGCGCCGGCGUGUGAGCGUUCCGCUCUUGAGCUGCCCAUCUUCUGGCAGAAGUGGGUGAACCUGCGCAACGGAGUGGCCAACUUCUAUCGCCUCAACAUGUCCAAGUUUGAUAUAGUGGCCGCGCAGGGACAGAAGCUAGGCAAGCUGCGUGGCAUGCUACACGUACUGGGACUGCCCCACCACGGCCGAAUGCACAGCGGACGAGACGACGCCGAGAACAUGUCGCGCAUUCUGCAGGUGAUGCUGCGCGACGGCUGCUGCCUGCGGCUGAACAAGGCCAUGAACCUCUCCCCCGGCGAUGCCCUUGCCAAGCCGCAAGUACCGUUGGCCAAGCCCCUUGUUCCGACUGCCGCACUGGUCAAGAGUACGGGGGCAGUCGGAACGCCCAAGGACCUGGCUAUCACCGAGUCUUCAGCCGAUGCAGAGCGGCGACAGAGAGCUGGCGCGCAGUCACCCUCGUCACCAGUACCCCGUGUUGAUCCCAAUGUGUCCUACGCCAAGGCCGCCAUCAACUCAGACGGCGGCCGCAAGUCGCUCUCCUCCAGCCCGAGCGCCUCACCUCGUGCGUCCAUUUCCAAGUCCAGAAAGGCCGGCGGCUCCAGUAGCAUGUCACCAAAGACCGCUCCAGCCGAUGCCGUAACGGCAUCCUACGCCAAGGCGACAAAGACCAGAUCGCAGUCGGCAUCCGUGGCAACCCCGACCCGCACAGGCUCGGUUUCCGCCGCACCCGGUCAAGUCGCGUCGACGUCGGUCUCUCCACCACCCGUGCUGCUGGGCAAAACCAAAGCUACCGUCGUCAUGUCCAGCGCCAACGCCACUCCGGACGGCCGGGACAGCGGCUGCUGUGUUUCCCCGUCCGACGAUGGCUAUUCCGCACUGACAGUCACCGACAGCGGCAAGACACCUCCAUGCAAUGGUAGCUCGCCAGUCGACGACGAAGCUCCGCUGCAGGUAUCAUCGGCCGUGCAAGGCUCAUGCCUGGAGGAUGUCAACUGCGAAGAGUCGCCGUGCCCUGAGGCCGUGUUUGAAAGCGUAGCUGCACACAAACCUGGCUGUGGUUCAGAGGGGACUACUACUCCUCCUCCGUGUGGUGUUGCUGUCAACGAAAACGAUGGUGCACAGUCUGAAUACAGUGAAGAACCACUGGUGGCUGCACCAGCAGUUGAGGAUAGAGCAGAUUGUAAUGGCGCAGCAGAGCAACCGAUCACAGACACCGCAGAUUGUAAUGGCGCAGCAGAGCAACCGAUCACAGACACCGCAGAUUGCAAUGGCGCAGCAGAGCAACCGAUCACAGACACCGCAGAUUGUAAUGGCGCAGCAGAGCAACCGAUCACAGACACCGCAGAUUGUAAGGGUGCAGAGCUUCCUGCCGCAGAUUCUAAUGGCGCAGCAGGGCAUUCUGCCGCCGACACCGCAGAUUGUAAUAAUGUAGAGCUUCCUGUCGCCGAUACCGCAGCUGUUUGCUCAUCAGAUGUAGAUGGCGAGAAAGACACCGAGAGCAAGGGACAGCCCGAGGCAAGUGAUGAAUGUCAAGCGGUCACGAAAAGCUCAGAGUCGAUCAAGGUAGUCGACUGCGAUGCAGACUCACCUCAAGAAUCAGAAUGCACCUCGACAGGACAGAAUGGCUGUGUAGUGGUUGCAGAGAAGUCGGCUGCUGACAUGGAUGCCAGCACUGGCUCGUCGCAGGGAGGUCAGCGCAAGAACUGCCAGGAACCGUGUUCGCCUGUCACUGUGCGCACAGAUAAUGGACUGACUACUGCACUCUGAACUUGUGGCAGCCACCGUCUUUCUCGAUAGUAUUGAACACCUGCCAUGCAUCCUGCAUGUUUUCUCUACUCCACCUAUGUGCUCGUAGUGUACCAGCACAUCCAUCUUCGUACAAACACACACACACACGCGCGCACGGCACGCCGUGGCAGUGAAAAGCUUAUUCCCAGCAUGAAAAACGAAAACCUUAUCACAGAACCACCAGGCGACAUAUUGCCAGCCGCACACGUUUUAUAGCACACCGCGGUGCCACUUGGCCGCUUUUACUUCUUCGUAUCAUGUUAUGUUAUUCUUGUCUUCGUUUUUUAGAUUACCUCGUGGCCUCCUCGAGAGCUUUUAUCAAAAACCGAGGAUUUGUCCUCCUCUUUGGACGCUUUUAUCAAAAAUUGAGGAUUUGCUCAAGGUUUUCUUCGAUUUAAAGUACAGUUUACCCCGCUGUUGGUGGUUUCAUACGAAAAAAAGAUGCUUGUCGUGUCUUGUUUUGACUUUUUUUUAUCUCUCCGUUGCUUCUCUCUCCUCUCUUUCUCUCUCUCUCUCUCUCUCUCUCUCUCUCUCUCUCUCUCUCUCUCUCUCUCUCUCUCUCUCUUUCUCUCUCUCCUCUGUCUCUCUCUCUCUCUCUUUCUCGUGCAACUGUAGUGUUCUCUUGUGGCCAUAUUUGCUCUCACUCUCUGGGUGUUCACAUUUUGCUCCACAAAGAAAAAGAACUUGUUUUCCUUCUUCUA